ACAAUUUCUUUGACAUGUGCAUCACUCAGUUGCAUGAUAUUUUAGAUUAGUUUUAUUUUUAACCAUUUCUUUCCAUAUUUGUUAGCUUUUUAUUACUUUUCCGUUGGAUUUUUGAUGAAUCUAAAUUCAAAUUUCUAUAUCUUGCAAUACAUUUUGUGUACAGCAAUAAUGCGAAUACAAGGAGCACUUGCCGCUGCACAGAAGGUAAUAUUUAAACUUGGAUACUGCAAGCCAGUAAAAAACCACAACCCUAUUAAAAAAAUGGCGGAAAAAACCUUCAAAGUUGUUGUAACUCAUCCUGAAGUUCCCCAAGCUGGCAUCGACAUUUUAAAGAAAUCCUGUGAAGUUAUACUUUGUGAAAGUGUACCACCAAAACGUUCAGAAAUUUUGUCGAAAAUUAAGGGUGUCGAUGGAAUUCUGUGGGCAGGGCAUGAGCCCUUAAAUGGAGAAGUGUUAGAUGUUGCUGGCAAGAAUUUGAAGGCUAUUUCGACAAUGUCUGCGGGAUUAGAUUAUGUUGAUUUAGCUACAUUAAAACAACGAAAAAUGCCACUGGGACAUACACCAGGCGUUCUAAGCGAGGCUGUUGCAGAUAUGGCUAUAGGUCUAAUGAUUUCAGCGGCGAGACGAUAUCAUGAAGGACGAAUUAAAAUUGAAACAGGAGCCUGGGAUGUCCACAAUCUGCAGUGGUUGUUAGGACAAGACAUCAGAGGAUCUACGGUUGGAUUUUUCGGAUUCGGUGGUAUUGGGCAAGCCAUUGCCCAACGUUUACGUGGCUUUGGGGUAGCUAAAAUUUUAUAUACAGCACGCACUGAAAAGGCAGAAGCCAAAGAUUUUAAAGCUAAAAAAGUUAGUUUCGAUGAAUUAUGCGAAAAAAGUGAUUUCAUAUUUAUUGCCGCUCCACUGACGGAGGAAACUCGUCAUAUUUUCAACGAGUGCGCCUUUGACAAGAUGCAACAGAAUUCUGUUUUGGUGAAUAUUGGAAGAGGGCCCAUUGUCGAUCAAGAAGCUCUCUACCAUGCACUGAAAUGCAAUAAGAUAUUUGCAGCGGGACUAGAUGUGAUGGAUCCUGAACCUCUCCCAAAAGAUCAUAAACUUUUGCAGCUUCCCAAUCUCAUAUUGGUACCACAUCUGGGUUCAGCAACACUUCGAACUCGCAGCGAUAUGGCUGUUAUAGCUGCUCACAAUGUCUUACGCGGCAUCGCUGGUGAACCUAUGCUCGCACCUGCUUACGAAUUAUGAUCGGACUUGUAGCCGUUCUGUAUAUGUUGUAAUUUGGUUAUCUUAUCAUCCAUUAUGGAAUAAAAUCGUAUUUUGAUCUACUAAUGAA